AUGCAAAGCAAAUGGAUGAAAAACAUUAAGCGUUUGAAUGGUCUUCUGUCUAUCGAAUUUCAGAGAAAACUCAGACCCGAAUUGGCCAUCGGGAAUCCAGAAAUCCACGGCUUCGGUGACGGUGGCGAGAAGGCUUAUGGAUCGGUAAUCUUCUUACGAUGGAAACUCAGUGACGGAACUUUCGUUUACAUACCUCUGAUAGUGAAAGCGUUCGUUGCUCCUUUAAAGAAGAAAUCAGUGCCAAGACUUGAACUGAUGGGAUGCCUUACCCUCGUGAGACUCUACCGAACCUGCAAAGAAGCGUUAUCUUUAGCCGAGAUCGAUGGCUGCAAGACCGUGCUCUGGUUGGAUUCACAGACGGUGUUAACAUGGAUUAAAAGUUCCCCAAGAAAAUUCAAGCCGUUUGUGUCCGCUAGAGUAGCUGAAAUCCAAGAAUCCAUUGACGUGGGGACCUUUAAGUAUAUCAAGUCUGAAGAAAAUCCCGCAGAUGCCCUAACACGAGGAAUUCCAGAUAAUCAGCUAUAUGAAUGGAUGAAAGGUCCAGAAUUUCUCAAAUUACCUGAUGACGACUUUCUUGUCCUUAACGAGCUUACUAGAGAAAAUAAAGAAAUAGCUGAGACGGAAUACAAAAAGGUCAAGAAACCGAGGGGAAUAGAAGAAAUUCAAUGCAACGUGACUUCUAAAGAACUGGCAAGAAAUCCUGUCCUUGAACAUAUAUUACAAACAUGUUCGACGUUUCGAAAGGCACGACGAGCAUUAGCCUUCGUUCUACGUUUUACGCAUUACGUAAGGACAAAACAAAAGAAAUCCGGAUCACUAUCUGUAAAAGAAAUUAAAGAAUCUGAAAAUCUACUUUGCAAAUGGGCGCAAACAGAACAAGACCCUAGCAAGAUAGACAAGAAAUUGUUAGCGAAAGUAGAUGACGAGGGAAUUCUACGUGCAUUUGGAAGAUUAGAGAAGAUACGCACCCUACCUCGUGACAUGCGUAAUCCAAUUGUUCUGCCUCGUAAUCAUCCCCUCGUUGUGUUACUCCUGAAACACCUUCAUGAAAUUUCAGGACAUUGUGGAUAUCAAAGAUUGAUCCAUGAAGCUCGUCGAAAGUAUUGGAUCAUCGGGUUGCGAAAAACUGCCAAACAUCUUACGCGGACGUGUGUCACCUGCAGAAAACUACGCGCACGGCCAUUAGAACAACUUAUGGGACAGAUCCCAACUAUCAGAGUAAACCCUAAUUGUCCAGCAUUCUCACAUACCGCGAUAGAUAUGUUUGGACCAUUUCAAGUUAAACUAAACCGGAAAACAAUGAAAGAAGCGCAAAUCAUUAUAUUUACAUGCAUGACGUCCCGAGCUAUACAUCUCGAACUUUGUACAGAUAAGAGCACAGAUACUUUCAUUAUGGCAUUUCGAAGAUUUGCAAGUUUGCGUGGUCAUCCUUCAAUAUGUUGGUCAGACUGCGGGACAAACUUCAAAGGGGCACAAGGAUAUCUGACAGAAGUUUGUAGAAAUUGGGACAAAAGGAAAAUCGAAAGAGUCCUGUCAAACGAAUUUUCGUGCCAGUUCGAGUGGCAAUGGAAUAUUCCUCGAGCAAGUCAUAUGAAUGGAGUUGUCGAGAGUUUGAUUAAGUCGGUACGACAAGCCAUUGCAGCUACAUGCCAAAAUCGACCAUUUUCUGAAGAACAAUGGAGGACGAGUCUUGCAGAGAUCACCUAUUGGUAA